UGUCAAUUGACAGUUCAAAAUUCAUUAAAAGAUGAAAACCAAAUUAACAGUGGUCUACAUUAAUACACCACGCAAGAAAAUCCUAAAGCUUAUUAACUGAAACUUCAAAUGUGACAAAUGGGAACAGAUGCAGGAAAAUGGAGGAAAUCUGUAAGAAGGACGGGAAGUUUCGGUUCGAUGACAGGAAGUUCUUUGAUAUUCCUUUUGAAACUGGCUUGGGAAAGUGGCAAAAGAAUACCUCUAUUGCUUGCAAUCGGACUUGUGAUAUUGGCGGAUGUUAGGAGACAGCAAAGAGGACAGCGCAAUAUAAACAGAAUGAGAAGAGUUCUCGAACGAAGAAACAGACUGCAGGAACAGCGACAAAGGGACUCGGGUUCUGCCGAUUUUUCCUGGCAAAGUGCCGCAGAUCCAGAUGCGUCUACCGAAAGCAAUUCUUACAUAUGGCGAUAGAUUGCCGGCUAUUUGCUAUUAAUGCACUAACUUGCUGGCAAGAAGUAACUUCCUUUAGUCAGAGAUUUAUAAAUAG